UUGGUUGCAGUUAAUACAAGUAUAAUUUUUAUAGAUGUGUGUUUUUAUGAUGAUGUGAAAAAGAAAUGCGAUUAAUAAACGCAAUAAAGUUGAGACAAUAAAGAAAACUCAGUGAAAAAUUCAAAAAAAAGUGAAGGAAAAAUAAAAACAAAGAAAAUUCCAUUAUUAAGCUGUUGAGAUACUUUCUGGGAAAAAUUUGAUUUUAAACUAUAUUUUUGGUGUCAUAAUUCAGCGAAAGGACUGUGAAUGUGAAAAAGCACCUGCCUGGAUAGUUUUCUGUGUGAAAAAUUCAGGCAUUGUGAUUUGAAAUAAAGCAUAAUAAGAAUUAAAAAAAAAACCAGAAAAGUGGAGCUACAAGAAUAAGAAAUCAAAAUCAUCGUCAUAGACAUCUCCCAACAUUUUUUGGUCAUCCUUAAAUUCUCAAAAUUGAUUUCGUUCAGGGCUUCUCGACCUCUACAAGGUCCUCGACCGAGGACCAGCCACCGCGUAAACGCUCCAAAAAGACGUCGGUGUUAGAGGAAUCAUCACAAAAUUCACUGUCUCGAUAUAGCACAUCGUCGACAUUUGCAACCUUAUCUCCAGCUUCGCAUACGAUUAACGCAGCUUCCCAAACAUCAACAAAUCAUCAUAAUAAUAACACACAGCACAUACAUUCAGCACAUCAGUUUAGCAACAUUUUUGAAAUGUUAGAAGAGAAUAUGAAUGGACAUAGAAUGGCACAAGGCAACAGUAAUGCAGAUCAAUCAUCAAUAUCUGCGAAUGGUACGUCUUCGUCAAAUAAUUGUGCUGACUAUACGACAAAUGGCAUUAUGAAUCACAAUAGUCACCAAAAUCAAUAUUCGACACAAAAUCAAAAUGUUCAAUUAGAUAAUACAAAUCGUGACAUAGUUCGUCUUAUUGGACAACAUUUAAAGCUAAUUGGUCUUGACCGGACAGCUCAAAUGCUUAUGCAAGAAUCUGGCUGCACACUUGAACAUCCGGCUGCAACUAAGUUUCGUGAGCACGUUUUGAGUGGAGAUUGGCAAAAAGCAGAUUAUGAUCUGCAGGAACUACAGACUAUUGUUGAUGAUGAUAAAUUAACAAAGCAUAAUUUGAUUGAGAUGAAAUUUUUAUUGUUGGAACAAAAGUAUCUUGAAUAUUUAGAUGAUUCUCGUCCUAUUGAUGCAUUGCAUGUGUUAAGGAACGAAUUGACUCCUCUGCAACACAAUACACCUCGUGUCCAUCAAUUGUCUAGCUAUAUGAUGUGCACUAAUAAUCAGGAAUUAUAUGAGCGUGCAAGUUGGGAAGGCAAGAAUAUAAAAUCUCGCACCCGUUUAAUGGACCGUUUGCAAUCAUAUUUGCCAGCUAGUGUCAUGCUGCCACCAAAACGUCUUCAUACCCUUUUAAGACAAGCUGUUGAAUUACAAACAGAGCGUUGUAGUCAUCACGAUAUGGCUUGGGAGACAUCAAUUGAUAAUGUAUCGCUGUUGAGUGAUCACAAUUGCUCCGAUACUGCCCACAAUUUCCCCAUGUAUCCUGUUCAGAUUCUCAACGAACACUCGGACGAAGUCUGGUUCUGCAAGUUCUCACCAAAUGGUCUCAAGUUAGCAACAGGUUCAAAAGAUACUUACGUCAUAAUUUGGGAUGUUGAUCCAGAAAAGCACCAAUUAAAGCACCGAAAAUCGUUUGAAUGUCAUCCAAAUGGUGUGUCAUUUGUGACUUGGUCACCAGAUUCAAAGUAUCUUAUAGUCGGUGGUACAGAAGAGUCGUCAGAGUUGCUUAUUUUUAAUAUAGAUGAACUUAAACUUCAUUCAAAAGUGUCACAUUCAAAUGACGAGUCACUAACGUGUGCUGCAUUCUCGCCCGACGGCACUCGUUUCGUGACUGGUGGUAUUCGUGGACAAUUUUAUUUGUGUGAUUUAGAAGGCACUAUAUUAAAUAAUUGGGAUGGCGUUCGUGUUAAUUCCUUAGCUUUUCUUAACGACAAUCAAACAGUUCUGGCUGCUGAUACACAUUAUCGUAUAAGAAGUUAUUGCUUUGAGACGCGUAACGACUACAAUAUGAUUCAGGAACAACAUCCAAUUAUGACAUUUAGUGUAAACUCAACAGACAGAUUGGCGUUGCUUAAUAUAUCAUCACAAGGCUUACACUUGUGGGAUCUACGAGACAAGUGUGUGAUAAGAACUUAUCAAGGAAUAACUCAAGGCACAUAUACAAUUUAUUCAACCUUUGGUGGUGUUAAUGAGAGUUUCAUCGCAAGCGGUAGUGAAGAUAAUACGGUGUGCAUCUGGCAUGUACGUCGAGAAGAGCCAUUAGCAACACUUACAGGACAUACGCGCACUGUUAAUUGUGUCUCAUGGAAUCCGGUAUUUCACGAUAUGUUAGCCUCAUGUUCUGAUGAUGGAACUGUUAGAAUUUGGGGUCCAAAACCAGGAAAUGGCUAUUUGUCAUCAUUAAUAUCAGGCUCAACGUCAUCAACGCCCGCGACAUCCUCUUCGUCGUCAUUAAAUCACAAUGAUGAUCAUAUGGGAAAUUCAAAUAAUGAUUGGAAUAUUUCGUAGAAUUAAAAGCAAUUUCUUCACUCAUAAAAAAUUCUUCUGUGUCCCUAAAUAUAUUUUUAUUUUUUGUUGGAUCUACUGUGUUAUUAGAUCCAAACAUUUUUUAAUGAUGAAAACAACCAAAAACCUGUUUAUUUUUCUGUUUUUAUAAAAAAGAAGUAAUUUCCGUGCAUAACUUAUUUUAAAAAUUUCCAAAAUAGAAGAUUUUUACAACCUCCCCU